AUGGGAGUGGACGUUAACGUAUUGAACAACGUGUUCACCGAGAUCGAAGCUCAGUCAUUGCAAUUCUGGAUGAGCACCAAGUACUACCUACUGCUUGAGUACAAGGCCAAGACCAUUGUGCCAGCGCCGUUCGGUGUCAUUCAGGUGGUGCUGGAGGUUGUCGCCUAUCUCAUGACGCUCUGUGUGGAUGCCAUGAGGCGCCGAGAAUCACCAUUCGGUAGUCUUCAUGUUAAAGAGGCUAUCGCCGCUCUCUAUGAAGGGGAAAGUAGCGAUGAAGAAGAUGACGAUGAUGACGAUGACCUAGAGCUGUCAGUCACCGAAUUGCAGUACUGGGCCGCACACCAAGUCCUCCAGAGGGAGGCAGUCGAUGAGACCAAUCGACUUGACAGUAUCUGUAAAAUGGUGGAAAAUGUUCACAAGACUCUCGUCGCGGACGGAUCAGGUUCUGAAUUGAAGGCUGAAGACAAAGGCGAUUUGGUUGCACGCGAGACGACAGAACUUUCGCGGACAGAUUCGAAUCAGCAUGUACCGAUAGGAAAAUCCAGUAUCGAAGUUGCGGAGAGAAGAACGAUGACGUCUUCGUUCAUGAUGCUCUCCGAAAACAGUAUUCUGCAUGGCAUCGUUGAUGAAUUAAUUGAUGCCUGCAUUAUGGAUGAUGUUCUAUGCUUACACCGUGCAAUAAAAUUAGGAUACUCGCAUCUAAUUUUGGCUGAUUGUGAUGACGCUGAGGGUGGUGAAAGUGACUCCGCUCAACUACAUUCCACAAGGUCUGAAACUGUGAAUAAAUUUUCUGCUUGCUGUCGUUGCGUUAAAUGUCAUUGUAAAGUUGCAGCCACUCGCUAUGCAUCACACCUAUCGAAUUGCAUGGGCCUCGGUCGGAACAGCUCCAGAAGAGCUAAUAAACGUAUAGCAGAGCAACAGCGCUUAGAAGACUCUGAUGAUGUCGAUGACGCGUACUACUUAGACCUUAGCCCCUCGUCUUCAUCUGGACCUAAGAGCGAGCAUCCCUCCAUUUCAUACUCAAAGAGCCACAGUUCUAAUUACCUUCACCGCGUAUCCACACACAAUCAUAAUUCGUCUAAACCUGGCCUGAAACCCCCUGGGUUAUCUAAAUCAUCGAAUGGAAGGAACAUGAACUCUCUACAAGGUGAUUCGGCCUUUGAGAAGACUGAUUCGUUUGAUAGCAUUUCCUUCUCCUUUGAUGACGAGGAGAGUAAUUCUUCUGAAUCUAAUCGGCGUAGCGCUGUAACUCACGUAAAACGUCACACAAAAGGGCACAUCUAA